AUGCAGCUCAAGAACCUCGCCAUCGCUGCUUCUGUCAGCGCCGUUGCCUCGGCCGCUCCUUCCCAGUCUAAGACCUUUGGUGUCAUCGCUAUUCACUCUGGUAGCGGUGUGCAUAACUCUGCCUUCAACGCUGCUCAGAGCAGCAUCUUCGCUGGUCUGCCUAACCAGGGUGCCAGUUGCGCUCGUCCGGAGGAGCAGCAGGCGACCUUCUACAUCGACAACGGCGCUCUGUACCUGUAUGAUCAGUCCGCCACUCCCCAGGAGAUCUAUGUCGACCGCUCCGGCAUGGGCCAGGGCAAGAUUGGAUACACCACUGGUGCUCAGCCCACCCCCAAGAACUCCGAGCGCGAGGGCUGGACCGUGAAGGGUGGCCACCUCCAGUUUGGAGGAAACGAUCUGAUUGCCUGCCCCAGCAGCAUUGACAGUGCCUGGAGCAUCUGGGCCUCCGCUGGCGUUGCCAACCCUGGCGGCAACACCGACUGUGUGGGCAUUGCCGCUCGUGUCCAGGAGACAUCGAACCCCAAUGGCUGCCUCUACACCCAGUCCCAGUAG